AGUGAGGAUGGAUUAAUGAAUGGAAAUUGGAUUGAUUUGGAUGAUAUGUAUUUAGGGUAUUUAAUAUUUUAUUAAUAAUAAGUUUUUUGUCGUUAUAAUUUGUGGGAUAAUAUAAAAAUGGAAAAAAAGUUGGAAAAUGGGAUAUCAAAUUCCAAACAGAAAAAGAUCUUUAUCAUUAUUAAUUGAUGUAAGAAAUUAAAAUUUUUAUUUAGAGGAGGAGGAGAAUAUGAUAAUAAUGAAAUCAGAAUAGGAAAAUGGACUGAUUUAGUUGAGAUAUUUAAAAAGUUUAAAUUAAAUUAGAUGAUUUUAUAGUGUCAAGGAAACUAUUAUUCAAGUUGGUUUUUAUAAAAAUGACGAAAAAGAAGGUUUUUGGGAUAUUAUGAAAAGAGUUAACGAUAACUAAAAAUUUUAAUUAAUGUAAUAAAAGGAAUUAUUAAUUAGGGGCUAGGAAAAUUUAAAUAAGAAAUAUUUUUUGCAUAAAAUUUUAUUAUCUUAAUAGUCUAAGUUAAAAUUAUGA